AUGUCAAAAGAAUUGGAAACGGGGGCAUUGCCCGAGAAGCAUGAAGUCCCAGUGACCAUCUCUAGUGUGGAGAUCGACCCUGAAGCAGAACGUGCCUUAGUAUGGAAGUUCGAUCUUCGCCUUCUCCCUGUGCUGGCAAUUAUGUAUCUUUUCAACAGCCUAGACAAAUCAAAUCUAGGAAACGCCAAAACAGCUGGACUUGUUGAUACCCUUCACUUGAAAGGCAACCAGUACAACCUACUUUUGAGUAUUUUCUUCGUGCCUUAUGUCUUGACUGCACCCUUUCUCGGCCUUUUGGGCAAGAAGUACGGACCGAACAUCGUCCUGCCCUGUAUGAUGCUCGCCUUCGGCAUUUGCACCAUUCUUGUGGUCGCAACAUUCAACUUCAGUGGCCUAUUUGCGAUCCGAUGGUUUUUGGGAAUGGCAGAAAGUGCAUUCUUCCCCUUGGUUAUUUACUAUCAAACAACCUUUUACCGCCGUGGCGAGCUGGCUCGUAGACUGGCGAUUUUCUAUGCUGCACAAACCAUUGCCUCCGCUUUCUCUGGUCUCCUGGCCUUUGGAAUUUUCCGCAUCGAAUCGGGCCCCCUGGCCCCUUGGCGCUAUCUCUUCUUGAUUGAAGGCGCAGGCACCGUCUUGUUCGCACUGUUCGCACUCUGGUACUUGCCUCGAUCAGCCUCCGAGGCAACUUUCUUGACACCCGAGCAAAAGGAAUUGGCCUACCUACGAUUGCAGGUCGACAGCUCCUCCGUGGUCAAUGAGAAGCUCGACAUCCGUGAUGCAUUCCGCGUAUUCAAGCAUUGGAUGAGCUGGGCGAUCUUGGCCAUCCAGAUCUGCCUUGGUGUUCCUCUACAAUCUGUCCAGCUCUUCCUGCCCGUCAUUAUUCAACGCCUGGGCUACAGUACUGUCAAAACCAAUCUCUACACGGUGGCUCCGAACAUCUCGGGCGCCGUUGUUCUCCUCAUCCUGGCUUUCAGCAGUGACUACACCAAGUGGAGAUUCCCCUUCAUUGCCGCUGGAUUCCUCUUCACCUUUAUUGGCUUCAUUAUCUACGCCACCAUUGACGUCCAGCGCGAUCUGGGCGUGGCAUAUUUCGCCUCGGGAACAUCUGCACCUUCGGUUCUUCUCGACGCUUGGUAUAAUAACAACACUGCGAAUGAAGGUCGCCGUGUGGUGCUGACGAGUAUCGCGGUUCCCAUGGCCAAUUUGAUGGGCGUCGUCAGCUCCAACAUCUUCCGCACACAAGAUGCCCCCGAGUAUCUACCAGCAUUGAUUACUACGGCAUCCUUUGGAGGGUGUGGUAUUGUUCUCACCCUCUGUGUCGGGUUCUGGAUGAUGGCCGACAACCGGAGACGAGACCGGGUGCAAGGCGUUCGAGUCAAUCCUCGCGAGAUUCCCACCGAAUUGCUCAAUGAAGGACCUGCGAGUGACCACUUCCGGUGGUUCUAUUAA